AUGGCUCAGAUUCAAGUUCAGCAUCAGGUUCCGGUGACCGGUCCGAACGGCGUCGCUGUCAACACCGGUGGUCAGCAACAGAUGGUGUCCACGUCGCUGUACGUCGGGGAUCUGGAGCAGAAUGUGACCGACUCGCAGCUCUACGAUCUGUUCAAUCAGGUCGGCCAGGUCGUCUCCGUUAGGGUUUGCAGGGACUUGUCCACUCGCAGAUCUCUUGGUUAUGGCUAUGUUAAUUAUAGCAACCCUCAGGAUGCUGCGAGGGCACUAGAAGUACUGAACUUCACUCCACUGAAUGGCAAAUCUAUCAGAAUUUGCUAUUCUCUUCGGGACCCUACUAUUAGAAAGAGUGGUACUGGGAAUAUUUUUAUCAAGAAUCUGGACAAGGGAAUUGACCACAAGGCAUUGCAUGAUACAUUCUCGUCUUUUGGCAACAUACUUUCUUGCAAGAUAGCUACGGAUGCUUCUGGGCAGUCUAAGGGCUAUGGUUUUGUUCAAUUUGACAAGGAAGAAGCUGCUGAGAGUGCCAUAGAGAAGUUAAAUGGCAUGCUGUUAAAUGAUAAACAAGUGUACGUAGGUCCCUUUCUCCGUAGGCAGGAGAGGGAUGGUGCUUUGCAGAAGACAAAAUUUAGCAAUGUCUACGUGAAAAAUAUAUCAGAAUCUACUACAGAUGAUGACUUGAAGAAAAUUUUUGGUGAACAUGGACCCAUUACCAGUGCUGUAGUGAUGAGGGAUGGUGAUGGCAAAUCAAGGGGUUUUGGUUUUGUCAACUUUGAUAACCCAGAUGAUGCUGCUAAAGCCGUUGAACUUCUGAAUGGAAAGCAAUUUGAUGAUAAGGAAUGGUAUGUUGGCAAAGCCCAGAAGAAGACUGAAAGAGAAGUUGAACUGAAGGAGAAAUUUGAGCACAGCAUGAAGGAAGCUAGUGAUAAAUUUCAAGGUGUGAAUUUGUAUAUCAAGAACUUGGAUGAUAGCAUUGAUGAUGAGAAACUUAAGGAAAUAUUCUCCGAGUAUGGUACAGUCACAUCUUGCAAGGUUAUGCGUGACCCUGAAGGAGUUAGUCGUGGUUCUGGUUUUGUUGCCUUCUCGACUUCUGAAGAAGCUUCUCGAGCUCUUACGGAGAUGAAUGGCAAAAUGGUUGUUAGCAAGCCUCUUUAUGUUGCACUUGCACAACGGAAGGAAGAGAGAAGGGCAAGGUUGCAGGCUCAGUUUUCACAAAUGAGGCCUGUUGCUAUGGCUCCUUCAGUGGCUCCUCGUUUACCAAUGUACCCUCCUGGUGCUCCAGGUCUAGGGCAACAAUUUAUGUAUGGGCAAGGGCCUCCAACCAUAAUUCCACAGCAAGCUGGAUUUGGUUACCAACAGCAACUUGUGCCAGGAUUGAGGCCUGGAGGUGCUCCUAUGCCAAACUUCUUUGUUCCAAUGGUCCAACAGGGUCAGCAAGGCCAACGCCCAGGAGGUCGACGUGGGGCAGGUCCUGUGCAACAAAACCAGCAGCAAGUGCCACUGAUGCCACAGCAUAUGAUUCCAAGAGGACGUAUGUAUCGCUUUCCACCUGGUCGCAAUAUGCCGGAAGCUCCAUUUUCUGGUGGUAUGCUCUCAGUUCCAUAUGACAUGGGUGGCAUGCCUAUGCGUGAUCCUGCAGGGGGACGUGCUAUGCCUGUUCCUGCUUUGGCUUCAUCCCUUGCAAAUGCUACACCGGAAGAACAGAGGACGAUGCUUGGUGAAGCUUUAUAUCCCCAAGUUGAUGCUUUGGAGCCCGACUCAGCAGCCAAGGUUACAGGCAUGCUUCUGGAGAUGGACCAGACUGAGGUUUUACAUUUGCUCGAGUCACCGGAGGCUCUGAAGGCAAAGGUUGCAGAGGCAAUCGAGGUCCUGAGGAAUGUUACCCAACAUCAGGUUAACAACAAUGCUGAUCAGUUAGCAUCAAUAUCUCUGACUGACAAGCUUGUUUCUUAAGUUUGUCAACUUUGAUUGGAAGGGAGGGCAUCUCUGGUUUUUUUCUUCCUAUUAUCAGACUGCUGUAGAAUUUAUCAUUUGAUUUUGGAUUUUUGGUUUCUUGUAGCUUUGUCAAACUGGGAAGCCUAGACUUAUUACUUUGCUUUUAGUCGUGUUUGGACCUGUAGAAUUUUUUGGUAUUGCUACAUUGGCUAUGCGUUUUGGUUAAUGACUUCAGUCCUUUAUUUAUUUGAAAUCUGCUUGCGCCCUGUUCACUA